AUGCCUCGCUCCAAGGUGUCCUUACGGAAGUGGAAGAGCGAUAAGUCGAACGACUCGCACCGUUUGGCGUUGCCGUCAGAAGCGGGACCGUCGAUGGCAGCCAACGUUCCAGACCUGGGGACGACCCUCCGUCCGCCUGAAUCACCUGAAAGGAGCCGUAGUCGGUCGAGGAGCCCGUUUUCGUCGCUCCGCAGCGCAUUUCGAUUUCGCAAGGAUAAGGGGCCCGCCGGCAUACAGACGACGGAUCCUCAGGAUGUUUCGACAUCUGGAGCUGCUACUCUUUCUCAGUCCAAGGCGGACGCUCAACGUGCUGAGAAUAGUGGCCAGGCCCCUGUAGCCUCCGUCCAGCCUACCGAGAUGUCGUCGGCAGAUGCGUCAGGAGGAGGGCCUGCAGCCUGCACGCUGCCGACACCCUCAGGCGAGACGACUGAGGAGCUGCGGUCUGAUGAUGCAGCCACUCGUUCUGAGACAAAGACAACUGUCGGGGAUAUCAUGCCCGCUAAUGUUGCGCAAGAUCCGCCAAGCAUCUGGGGCGAAGUGUACGAAAGCCUUGACCCUGAAGUCCAGCAAUGGAUCGGGAACAUAUCCGACACAGGCGACGAAAAACAGGCAUCGGAGAUUGCAGAGCUGGUGCGCCAAAAGGAAGACAUGUACAAGGGCGCUUCGCCAAGAUUGAAGAUCAAGGACAGAGAAUUCAUAUGGAGAGACUACGCCAACCGGGUCGUGACCUGGGUUACCACUAUUGGUAACAUCUCGGUCAGCUUCGCACCCGCCCCUGCGGGCCCGGUCUGGUCCGCCCUCAAGGUGCUGCUCAAUGCACACGUCUCUGGGUGUGAAGAGAUGACCGCACUUCUUGGCCUGGCUGCUAAAUUCCUCGACAUCGUCCGGCGAGGGCACGUGUACCGCAUAUGCUUUGGCCUCGACCAACAGCUGGAAAAGGACGAAGUCAAGAUGGGUCUUCGGAAGACGAUUGUCGAAACUUACACACAUUCUCUCAAAUUACUCUUCAUCUCGUAUAAACGCUUGGGAGAAGGGGGUUGCAUGCAGCUCCUGCGAGCCCUUGUUGAUCCUCACGAAAUUGAAAACACCCUCUCUGAAUUGGAGAAGCUAGAGGUCAAGCUCGACAGGGAUGUUCAAGCUUGUGGUAUUCAGUUGAGCUCCGCUGCGAACCUGCAACAGCAGAGUCUACUCGGCUCGUUGAAACAGCCGUUGCGACGCAUCGACGAAGACGUGCGCAAGUGCCUCAGAGAGAUCGAGGUUUCUCAACAGCAAAAGCUGCUCAACAGCAUCAGCAACAUACGAGUACAUGAGCAUCAUGCAGCAAAGAAAGAUAACAGAACCAAAGGGACAUGCGAAUGGCUCGUAGAGCACGAAACGUUUCUGGCGUGGGAGAAUUCAAGUUGGUCAUCAACGCUCUGGCUCAAAGGCGAGAUCGGUGUGGGCAAGUCAUUCCUUACUUCCAACGUUAUUGAUCGCUACCUUUCGGUAGCUCCGAUUAGGGCGGACUCUGAGCACGCCUCCUCUUGUACUGAUGAAGGUUUUGCCUUCUUCUACUGUGAUCGAUCGAUCCCUGAACGCCAAAAUUCAACCGACAUCCUGCGGAGUCUGGUUGCACAGCUCGCGGGGCCUUCGACGAACAAACCUUCUAUCCAUCCGCAGAUAGACAAGCUAUGCGGGCACCCAGACGCAAGCCGCCCAGCACUAGGCAUCGCCUCAUGCAAGGAGAUCUUAAUAGAUCUGAUCAACACUUACCCUCGGUCCACUCUAAUAUUGGAUGCCUUUGACGAAUGCGACUGGAAGUCAAGGUCGAACUUGAAAAUUGCAUUCCGCCACCUUGUAACUUCUGCUGAUAAGCCGGUGAAAAUCUUUGUCUCCAGUCGUCCAGUAAAAGGAUUUCCAAGGUUCAAGUGGGCUCAGCUGCAGUGGGAGCAACUGCUUCGGUCAAACCAUGAGGCGGACGUAUUAGGACGACUUGACACUCUGCCGAACGAUCUUUCUGCUGCAUAUAGCGAGAUUUAUGCCGCCCUCAGCGACUUCGACCAGAAGAUUCUGCGCCGAGCUGUUGUUUGGACGAAAUGGUUCAAUGAUCUUCGGAGACCCUCAGGAGACAUGGGCAAGUUUGUACCUCAUGCAGUGCGCCUACAUCUUGUCACCACGAAAAGCGCCAGCGGGGAGGUAUUGCGGCUGGGAAUAGACCCGGAUCCCGUCUCUGUCCAGAGUCUGGAAGCAAUCUGUCGCCACUUCCUAGUUCGUAGUGCGUCCAUCUGGUACGAUUACGGCUACCCCCAUGUGUCAGUCCUUGAAUUUUUGGAAUGCCAUCAUGCCGACUGGUUCGACCGAGUUGAUGAACAUAUUGGGGAACUCAUAAUGUUGGCCCUCCAAGAGAGCUUGACGCAUUGCCAGCUGCCGACCGACCAGUCAAUGAGUGAUUGGAUUCAGAGCGGGCCUCCUGAUGCACACGACAUCAUGGAUGCCCGACAUAUGAUCCAGGACAUAGCACGGGAUAAUUGGCUUUACAAUGCGAUUCGGGCCCAUAGGGGAGAACCCCGAACCCCAACCCGACAAUACACAGAGGCUUUGACUCGAUUCCUGGGAGGGGCACAUCCCCAGGCCGUUAUUCCUCGGCACAUCGACAUCCUCAGGCAGCUGGAGCAACUCAACUACUUUUCUACAGAUGACUUAUCUCAAGCGACACCAAUAGCUUUGGCUUGUGUUGCUGGUUCUGUUGCCUUUCUGAACGAAUGGACUCGCAAAGGCGGCACGGCCCGCGAUGAACCAGGGCUGCUUGCAAGAGGGGCCCGAGGGGGCUCGAUUGCAGUAUGCUCUCGUCUUAUUGCUUUGGGUUGCAACCCCAAUGAAUGUCUAAUUGAUGUCUCUGAGGAUUGGGGUUCGACACCCCUUGCGACUGGUACUCAGUAUGGAAAUGUGGAAGUCGUCAAGUUUCUGCUGAAACACGGCGCCGACCCGAACGCACCCAGAGCGGACGAUAAACUUCCACCCUUGGCAAUUGCCUCUUCAAAUUGCGCCGAGCUCGUGCCCAUACUACUCGAUGCGGGCGCAAGCACGGAGUAUCUUUUGAAUGGGCGGCCACACUCGAUAUUGAAAUAUGUGGUGAAUGUUUCGUGGCUCAGCCCGACAACAGCUAUGAGCAUGCUUGAGAGGCUACUUGCAGCCGGAGCGGACGUGAACUCUGAUCAAGAUACAUUUGGAAGCGUGCUUGCAUACGUUGCCAGUUAUGGAUCGCUGGAUCUCUUGAAGCUCCUUAUCGAACUCGGUGCUGAUGUGAACCGGCCUUUGCGGACUGGUUGGUACGGCAGCGUGCUAGCUGCAGCUCUUUUGGGGAUCGACUGCAAUAUUCGAAUUAUUAAAUGUUUGUCUGGUGAACACAUGGACGAAUGGAAGCAAACCAUAGGCACCUCCAUGUUUGGAAAAAUAGCCGAUGCACGAUGUGUUCCUCUUCAGAUAAUGCGGGAUUUGGGAUAUCCAGCAUUGCUGGUUGACGAGGUGGAACGGCUCAGAUUAGCCUACGUAGAGGAUAAUUAGAAUGCUAGGAUGGGUACAUCGAAGACCAUAGAUCCGAUGCAUGCAAAGAAAAAAGUGAAACAAAACAGGUGCACGC